UAAGAGUUUACUUCUUGAUUAUGAUCUUAAACAAUACAUCAAAAUUUUAAGCCUAAUCAUUAAUUUAAUUUUCACAGACUUGGUUCACUAUGAUGCACGUGGAUGAGGAUGCUGAGCUUCAAAAUGUUGACAAUGCUGAUGAUAUUCGCAUGGAACGACAAAUUUCUAUUCAAAGAAAUCAUGAUGCCCAAUACAUAGAUAAUGGUUCAGUGUCUACCCUUCACAGAUGUCAAACAGUGGAUGCUAAAAAGUUGUGCAUUUAUGAUUUGAAUUUGAAGAUAAAACAUAUUAGUCAGUAUGAUAUAGGCGGAACUUACACAGGGGAUGAACCAGAUUUGUGGUUUUACUAUUCAACAUCAGUAUGCCCAGGAUAUAAUUACCUGUUGAAUCUAUUUGUGUGCCAUAGGAAAAUAGGCAACUUUUCUGUUGGUGUCAGUGACUCUAAUGAAAUCAAAGUCAAAAAUCAACACGCUGACAUCUCUGGCUGGACUAUGUUACCUGAUUCUCUCACAUGGUUUACUUACAAAAGUACAAUGCCCAAUGAAAAUUAUCACAUCAAAACAUAUUGCUUUACAGAGAGAGACAUGAAAUAUUUUAAUGAUACUAUAGUUCUUAUUCCUAUAUCAAUAAUUCCAAAUUCUAGUCCUUCACUCAAUAGUGACAUUAUAAAAUCAAUUAAAUUACAGUACAGCCUAAAUGGUAUAUUAUCCAAACAAGAAAAUACUGAUUUUAUUUUAGAAUCAGCAUCGAAAAAUAAAUUUUCUACACACAGAAUAAUACUAGCUGCACAUAGCCCAGUUCUGAGGAGUCUAAUUAAAGACUUGAAAACUACUUCCCUUUCCAUUGACAUCAGUGACAGUGAUAUGAAUUUACUUUUGGAAUUUCUGUAUACUGGGACAGUAAAUGACAUAUUAAAACAAGAUUGUGUAAGUUUACUUAGAAUCGCUGAUAAAUUUCAACUAACAAAUUUGUUCUUGAUUGCGGAGUACGCAACAGAGUUACAGAUCAAUGUUGAAAAUGCUGUGGAUGUUGCUCAGCUGGCACACAGGUACAAAUUGGAGAAUCUAUGGCAAAAAGUGCUUGAUUUCAUUAAAAAAAAUCCAAAGGUAAUGCAGACAAAUGGCUGGAAGAAUUUAAAAGAUAUUGAACUAACAAAGCAGCUGGUUGAACAUAUAUACGCUGGAUCAACUGAGACCUAACCUGUUCUCUAAAUGUGAGAUUCCCUAGAUUUUAUUUUUGAGUUAUCUAUUUACUCUGCCAAAAUAAAUUGUUUUGCGUUGUAUAGAGAAUUAUGUAAUGGCUAUUUACAUUCUUACAUUUUUUUGUUUUUUUUUAUAUCUGUUAUAUAAGUAUACUGUAAUUAAAACUCACUGUUAUAUGUUUUAUAGGCUGUUUAUUUAUUGAUAUAAUUAAGCUGUUAUAUAGUCGCUUAAUUUGUGAUAUUAUAAGAUGUAAACUACACCUAAUAUUUAACAUAGCAGUAUUUUUCUGAUUUCUAAUAACAACCUACUAAAUAAAGACCUGACCGUUUAUGAAAUGGAACUCUUAUAUUAUGUAUUUGUAUUGGUGCAUACAAUAUAUCUCUAUUUAUUUGUAUUGCUUUCAUUUUAUUUAAAGUGUUUGAAAAUGGUGAAAUAAAACAUACUUAGGCGACCAACUGGAUACUGAGACAGGGCAAGGGCGUCUGAGGGACAGACCAAAGAGCAGUAUAGGGAGAAGCGGGAACACAUUGAAUGGCAUCAAUGAGGAAGCAUUUAAAUUAGCGAUGGACGUUAUUCGUGAUAGACAGUUAUUCAACUAGUGAUAUGGAUUUGCCUGAACCGCCAUCACUAGUGAUUCAGUAAUACGACUGUCUUUUUUCCACAACACUUUAAAGUAAAGCUGAAUUCACUCUUAAGUCGAUAAUUUAUCAACUUAAAGAGUAAAUUCAG